AUGAAUGACCACGUGGAAGAAAAUGAAGAGAAAAGCAGCACUGCCCAGAAAACAUCUGCGGAAGAAUCUGUCUGUCCUGCUGCAGACAGAAUGACAGCAGAACAACUGCAAAAAGUUAAGAAGGAACUAAAACACUUAAUUUUUCAAAAUCCAGGACCUCAGGUAGCUAACUUCAAUCCUGAAACUAGAAAGCAGAGAAAAAAAGCACACAAGUCACAGAUGAAACAAGACUGUUUCAAUAAACCCAAAACUCUGAGUAAGUAUGACAGUCACGGCCGGCUGCUUGGGAGUAACGCUGAUUUGUGUGACUGCCUGGACAAGAACUGCCUGGGUUGCUUCUAUCCUUGCCCCAAAUGCAACUCAAAUAAGUGUGGGCCAGAAUGUCGCUGCAAUAGGAAGUGGGUUUAUGAUACAAUUGAGCUUGAAGAUGGGAAUGUGAUCAAUGCUUUCCCAUUUCCUACUGAUCCCUGA